CCCAAGAUGGAGUUUUCACUGCUACCAAUCUUACCGUAUUUAAUCCUGGCUUGAUAUGGAACAAAACCCUAAGGGUUCUUGCAAGAACCAAUCGCCGCCAGUUUGAUCUCAGCCGUUUAUUAUAACUCUUUCUUUCUCGCUUUCUCCGUUCCAUUCAUCUAUAGUUUAUAUUCUCUCCGCUGAUAUGCCUCACUGGGUUUUCUUGUUUCCUCAUAGCAAUUUCUCUUCUUAGAUUCUUGUUCCUGUCUGUUUUAUUGCCUGCUCUUACAUGGAAACACGGUUCGCCAAAGUUGUCUAAUUUACAUUAGGAAAUCGAUUGUAGGCAGUAAAACAUAUUUCGAUUUCUAAUUAUUUUGUGGCUAAUAAUCGAGGUUUGUAGUUUAGGAUUGGGAAUAUUGUUUUGGUAGAGGUUUAGGUGAUAGAAAGUUUUGAUCUUUUGUUGUUAAAGUUAGCUUCUUGGACCUGUAUAUAUGGUGUUUAGCUGCUUUAAACGAAGAAAGUUCUCGCUUUUGGGGAACUUUAGGAUUUAGGUUGUGAUUGUUGGUACUGGGUAUUAAACAGUUUUCAAGUUGUUAUCAUGGGUAAUGAUCAAAUUGGAGUUUUGAAUAUGUUAUCUGAAUUGGGUAGACGGCCGAUGAUAGGAACUAAUGACGGAUCAUUAGGUGAUGAUUUAGAGAAGGAAAUAGGGUUGUUGCUGCGUGAGCAACGUAGGCAAGAGGCUGAUGAUCUUGAGAGGGAGCUCAAUUUGUACAGAAGUGGUUCUGCGCCUCCAACUGUGGAGGGUUCAUUGAGUGCAGUUGGGGGCUUGCUAGGUGGUGGAGGCAGCAGCGGUGGUGCUGCUGCCUUUGCUGAGUUUGUUAAUAGCAAAAAUAGGAAUGGGCUUGUGUCAGAGGAGGAUCUUAGGUCUGAUCCAGCUUAUUUAUCGUACUAUUACUCAAAUGUGAAUUUGAACCCUAGGCUUCCACCUCCUUUGCUUUCCAGGGAGGAUUGGAGGUUUGCACAGAGAUUGAAGGGUGGAGGGAGUUCGGUUUUAGGUGGGAUUGGGGAUAGGAGGAGAGUUAAUAGGGCUGAUAAUGGGAGUGGAAGAUCUCUGUUCUCCAUGCCACCAGGAUUUGAUUCAAGGAAACAAGAGAGUGAGGUUGAGACUGAUAAUGUUCGUAGCUCCACAGAGUGGGGUGGUGAUGGGCUGAUUGGUUUACCUGGUUUAGGGCUUGGGACUAAGCAGAAGAGUCUUGCAGAAAUCUUUCAGGAUGAUUUGGGGCGUGCAACUCCUGUAACAGGGCACCCUUCCCGCCCUUCUAAUGCAUUUAAUGAGAAUGUUGAGAGUGUAGCUUCAGCUGAAGCUGAGCUGGCUCAUUUGCGCCAUGAGCUGUCUUCUGCUGGUUCAAAUGGUCAGGGCUCAUCUGAUGUCCAAAAUAUUGGUCCACCUACAUCUUAUAGUUAUGCUGCUGCUGUGGGUUCUUCCUUGUCUAGAAGUACUACUCCUGAUCCUCAACUUGUUGCCAGGGCCCCUAGCCCUUGCCCUACUCCUAUUGGACAAGGGAGGGCUACUUCAUCUGAAAAGAGAGGUAUUAAUGGCUCAAAGGCAUUCAGUGGUGUUUCUUCUAGCAUAGGUGAGUCUACAGAUUUGGCAGCUGCUUUGUCUGGCAUCAAUUUGUCAACCAAUGGUGUGAUAGAUGAAGAAAAUCGAACGGAUGUUGAUAUCUUUGGUCUCCAAGGAGGUCAGAAUCAUAUGAAGCAAAAUGCCUACCUAAAGAAGGCUGAGCCUAGAAAUUUACAUAUGUCUUCUCUCCCUCAAUCAGCAAAGAUAUCCUACUCUGAUUUGAGUAAGAGCAAUGGCAGUGGGCCAGACCUGAACAGCUCGUCCUUGGUAGCUGAUAGGCAGGUUGAACUGCAAAAGUCUGGUGCUCUUUCUGGUAAUUCUUACAUGAAGGGAUCACCGAACUCCACUCCUAAUAGUGGUGGGGGCUUACCUGGUCAGUAUCAGCAUCUAGAUAAUUUGAAUUCAUCUCUUCCAAACUAUGGGUUCAGCGGAUAUCCUGUCAAUUCAGCUUUGCCUUCUAUGAUGGCUAGCCAACUUGGCACUGGUAAUCUACCAAUGUUGUUUGAAAAUGUUGCUGCAGCAUCGGCUGUGGCAGCUCCAGGAAUGGACUCAAGAAUGCUUGGAGGACUGGGGUCCACAGCAAAUCUAACAGCUGCUGCUCCUGAGUUGCAUAAUCUUGGAAGAGUGGGUAGUCCAAUGGCUGGGAGUACCCUUCAGGCACCUUUUGUUGAUCCAUUAUAUCUCCAGUACUUGAGGACUCCUGAGUAUGCUGCUGCCCAGCUUGCAGCUCUUAAUGAUCCCUCAGUUGAUAGGAGCUACUUAGGUAAUUCUUAUGUGAAUUUACUUGAACUACAGAAAGCAUAUGUUGGAGCUCUUUUAUCUUCUCAGAAAGCUCAGUAUGGUGUCCCAAUGGGUGGUAAAUCUGGUGCUUCUAAUCAUCAUGGCUAUUACGGGAAUCCUGCCUUUGGUGUUGGCAUGUCAUAUCCUGGAAGUCCCCUGGCAAGUCCUGUUAUCUCAAAUUCCCCAGUUGGACCUGGUAGCCCAAUCAGACAUAAUGAGCUGAAUAUGCGUUUUCCUUCUGGGAUGAGGAACUUAGCUGGGGGCAUUGUGGGACCAUGGCAUUUGGAUGGAACUGCUAAAGUGGAUGAAAGCCUCCCAUCAACUCUUCUGGAGGAGUUUAAGAGCAACAAGACCAAGUGUCUUGAACUUUCUGAAAUUGCUGGCCAUGUUGUUGAGUUCAGUGCUGACCAGUAUGGUAGUCGUUUCAUUCAACAAAAACUUGAGACAGCCACAAUUGAUGAGAAAAACAUGGUUUAUCAGGAAAUCAUGCCCCAUGCUCUUGCUUUAAUGACUGAUGUGUUUGGCAAUUAUGUAAUUCAGAAGUUUUUUGAGCACGGACUUCCUUCUCAGAGAAGAGAACUAGCUGGCAACCUUUUUGGUCAUGUUUUAACUCUUAGCCUUCAAAUGUAUGGUUGUCGAGUGAUCCAGAAGGCCAUUGAGGUUGUUGACAUAGACCAGAAGAUUAAAAUGGUUGAAGAGCUUGAUGGUCAUGUUACGCGCUGUGUACGUGACCAGAAUGGGAACCAUGUCAUCCAAAAGUGUAUCGAGUGUGUUCCUGAAGAAAAUAUCCAAUUUAUUGUCUCAACAUUCUUUGAUCAAGUUGUGACCCUCUCCACCCAUCCAUAUGGGUGCCGUGUGAUACAGAGGAUAUUGGAGCACUGCAAGGAUCCAAAAACACAAAGUAAAGUCAUGGAUGAGAUUUUAGGAGCUGUUAGCAUGUUGGCACAAGAUCAGUAUGGCAACUAUGUUGUUCAGCAUGUACUGGAGCAUGGAAAACCCCAUGAACGAUCUGCUAUUAUUAAGGAGUUGGCUGGGAAGAUAGUUCAGAUGAGUCAGCAGAAGUUUGCCUCCAAUGUUGUGGAGAAGUGUUUAACUUUUGGUGGCCCCAGUGAACGAGAGUUACUGGUGAAUGAGAUGCUUGGAACCACUGAUGAAAAUGAGCCGCUUCAGGCAAUGAUGAAAGAUCAAUUUGCAAACUAUGUUGUGCAAAAAGUGCUCGAAACUUGUGAUGACCAACAACGCGAGUUGAUUCUUAUGCGAAUAAAAGUUCACUUGAAUGCAUUGAAGAAGUAUACUUAUGGAAAGCAUAUUGUUGCUCGUGUAGAGAAACUUGUUGCUGCUGGAGAGAGGAGAAUUGCAGCACAGUCUCUGCACCCUGCUUAGGUGGCAUAGGAAGGGAGUCUGUACAGCUAACAGAGGCUAGUGUGAGCUUCAUCCCGAUCUUCCUUCGCGUAUCCAGAGCUAUGUUUUUACUUAUCCUUUUAGAGAGGUAUGAGCUGAUUGAAAAUAAACAAGGUUGCUUGUACCAGAAACUGUACAUUGUGUAGUUUCUUUAAGGUUUAUACAUAGAGGAGUUGAGGAAGCUGAGGUUCAGAUGUUGAAUACGCCUGAUACCCCUGCAAGGAGGAGAUAAAAAUGACUAUACAAAGUGUGUUAAGGGUGUAAAAAGAAAAAUGAUGAAAUGUAUGAGGUAGACUAAACGUGAAGAUGACUGUACAAAUGUCGGAGUGUGGAGAGCUGUUAAUGUUAGGUGAGGCCAGUCAGAGUUUUCCUUUCAUGUAUCGGUAUUUGACUUUACCUUCCUCCCUUUAAAAGUACAUUUUUUUUACUUGUA